UGCAAGCAUUUUGAACCAAAACAAGAACCCCAAACAGACAUGGCACUAAGCAAAACACAAGCCUCAGCCCUAUCUUUGUCCCUCUUGAUCAUCAUUUCUUUAUGCAAGUCGUCCCAAGCUGGUGGGAUUGCCAUCUAUUGGGGCCAAGGCAGCCCCAGCAAUGAAGGCUCCUUGGCAGAUACUUGUAACACAGGCAACUACCAAUUUGUGAACAUUGCUUUCCUAUCAACUUUUGGCAACGGCCAAACCCCAGUGCUAAACCUGGCUGCGCACUGUGACCCAAGUACCAAUGGCUGCACCAGUUUGAGCACCGACAUCAAAGCUUGCCAAGCCAAGAACAUCAAAGUCCUCCUCUCGAUUGGAGGCGGUGCAGGAAGCUACUCUCUCACUUCAGCUGAUGAUGCAAGGCAAGUUGCUGAUUACCUUUGGAAUAACUUCCUAGGCGGUCAGGCCAAUUCACGCCCCCUUGGUGACGCAGUUUUGGAUGGCAUUGAUUUUGACAUUGAAGCUGGUGGUGGCCAGUUCUGGGAUGAGCUUGCCAGGUCACUCAGUGGGCGCGGCAGUAAGGUCUACUUAGCUGCAGCUCCACAAUGUCCAUUCCCAGAUGCUCACCUAGACGGUGCUAUCAAAACCGGCCUAUUUGACUAUGUCUGGGUUCAAUUCUACAACAACCCUCCAUGCCAAUUUGCAAACAACAAUGCUGCCAACCUUUUAAGUGCAUGGAACCAAUGGACGUCGACUGAAGCCAAACAAGUGUUCUUGGGACUACCGGCAGCUCCUGAAGCUGCUCCGAGUGGUGGAUUUAUUCCUGCUGAUGCUCUCAAGUCACAGGUUCUUCCAAAUAUUAAGAGUUCUCCAAAGUAUGGAGGAGUUAUGCUUUGGAGCAAACAGUAUGACAAUGGUUACAGCACUUCCAUUAAAGACAGCGUCUAGGUCUCUGUCUAGACACUUUCUGCUGCUAAAACAAAAUAAGUUACCAUCACUCAUCAGUAGGUUUUCCCCAACCUACUGGCCAGAGUUAAUUACAUGCACUUACGAUAAUAAAACAUCUCAUUGUCUGUAAUAAUUUUUUAAUCGAAUAAAAUAUUACUCAUACCAUUAUCAUUGUCUUA